UCAUAGCCGAGGCAACCGUGCUUCUGUCCUGACCUGCAUUCGGCUGUCACUGUACAGGCAUGGGGGAGGACGCAGCGCAUACACACGGACGGCUCGUGGUGGCACAAGCUUUGACACUUGCGGCCAGCUGGGAGAGGCUCGGACGCCUUUGGAUGACACGGCGGAACCACUGAAGAAAUCUCUGUUUACAACUUUGGACAACAACAGACCAUUCAGUAGUAACUUGAGCAUAUUUAAAGAAAUGACUGGUGCGCACUGACGUCCUUUGGCUGUGCUCAGGCCGACUUAAAACCACCAGCAUAUAUAUAUUUUUAUAUAAUAUAUAAAAUGUAAGAAAUUAUUGACUGGUCAAUCCUCACUCCACCAUCCAGCCCGAAGGGAAAAAAAAAACUCCAAUAGAACUACAACAGAAUUGAACAAUUUACGAAGAGUAUUACUUUCUCUAUUUUUUUCGGUGCAGAAUUUCGAUAAAUACCUCGGGAAUACUCUCCGGAUAUCUACCUCCUCCGUCGAAACGUCCAACUCAGUGACCGGACCACGGCAAAUCCACACUUGUGAUCUCAUACUGCUGUUACCGUGACAACCUGGAUUGCCUCUCAAGCUCUUCUUGCUGCCAGCAUCAUCUCUGGACCUUGUACCACCUGGAUCUGCGCAUCAUCUAAAGUUAGUUUUGACCCAUUUUGCCGGAGAGCACCAGCCUCACCUGUCCAGUAAUAUACCUCAAACGGUUUACCCGCUCGAGUCAAGAAAACAGAAGGGAAUUAGCCAGAUAUUACCCAAUCUUGGUGGUUCUUAUUUCAGCAUCUUUCAUUUGCCUUAGAGACUGGUGGAGUCCUCCGGAGAAUGCUUUUGGACUCCAUGCCUAUCCUAUUUCCAUUUACUUCUCAAGUCUGAUCAUAUAGAAGCUUCAACGUUUAUGGGCCAGCGCAGAUAAGCUAUUGCCCGAGAUCCUCCAGAGGGGUGCAAAGAAGGAGGAAGACUUUGGAAGUCACGACUCAAACCAGGCCAUAAUUGGAAGACUGAGAAGACCCGGAAAAGAAAUCGAGACAAAGAUGCUUUAAGGGGAAAGAAAGAAAUGCAUCGCUUUCAUUUGCCUCGGCUGUUGUUGUGCCAACCAUGCUUCUCCCAGCCAAUGGCUGCAAGCAUUCCCAUGUGGCUGCCUUUUGAAGCCUCUGCUGGCAAAUCCUGAGCAGGCUGGCAAGGUCUGGGUCAACCUCAUUGUCCUGUCAUUGGCUGCUGGAUGGGACUGAGGCUGAAUGGAGCCAGAGUCCAAGAAGCAGAAUAACGACUCAUCGGUGAAAGAUGACAAAGGGUGGCUCGAUGUGCCAAAGAGGAAAAGGAAGAACAGCCAGUCUUCGAGUAUGUCUGCUCUUAGCAUCUCUGUUCCAGGGUACAUCCCCAGCUACCUGGAGAAGGAUGAACCAUGUGUGGUGUGCGGCGACAAGGCCACUGGAUACCACUACCGAUGUAUCACGUGCGAGGGGUGCAAGGGUUUCUUCCGCCGAACCAUACAAAAGAACCUCCACCCGGCGUACUCGUGUAAAUACGAAGGCUGCUGCAUCAUCGACAAGAUCACCCGCAACCAGUGCCAGCUUUGCCGUUUCAAGAAGUGCACCUCAGUUGGCAUGGCCAUGGACUUGGUCUUGGAUGACUCAAAGCGCGUAGCAAAACGACGCCUCAUUGAGGAGAACCGGGAGAAACGAAAAAGGGAGGAGUUGGUGCGGACCCUGCAGGUGAGGCCGGAGCCAAACACUUCCGAGUGGGAGCUGAUCAGCAAGGCAACCGAAGCCCAUCGUCAUACCAACGCCCAGGGGGCGAGUUGGAAACAGAAGCGCAAGUUUCUGCCGGAUGAUAUAGGUCAAGGAGUGAUGCCCACGUCAGAAGGAGAUAAGGUGGACCUGGAAGCCUUCAGUGAAUUCACCAAGAUCAUGACGCCUGCUAUCACACGUGUGGUGGACUUUGCCAAGAAACUGCCCAUGUUCUCAGAGCUUCCAUGUGAAGACCAGAUCAUCUUGUUGAAAGGAUGCUGCAUGGAGAUCAUGUCACUUCGCGCUGCCGUGCGCUACGAUCCCGAAAGCGAAACCCUGACGCUAAACGGCGAGAUGGCCGUGAAACGUGAGCAGUUGAAGAACGGCGGCUUGGGUGUGGUCUCGGACGCCAUCUUUGAUUUAGGCAAAAGCCUGGCCCAGUUUAAUCUGGAUGACUCUGAGGUGGCGCUGAUGCAGGCUGUCCUUCUCAUGAGCUCAGAUCGCUCAGGGCUGACAAGCGUGGAGAAGAUCGAGCAGUGCCAAGAGACUUACCUGCUGGCGUUUGAGCACUACAUCAACUACCGCAAGCACAACAUUCCUCACUUCUGGCCCAAGCUGUUGAUGAAGGUAACAGACCUGCGCAUGAUCGGAGCGUGCCACGCCAGCCGCUUCCUACACAUGAAGGUGGAGUGUCCCAACGAACUCUUUCCACCCCUCUUCUUGGAGGUCUUUGAGGACCAGGAUGUGUGACUAUAAAACAGUGGUACCCCCUUACAAGAACACCUUGACGCUGAAAUAACUCGGUAAGGGGGAUGCAUUUGGAAAGGAGAGAGAAAAUAUUCUUUCUUCUUUGAUGGGAACAUUUGGGUUCGGACACCCACCACCUACCACCAGCACUCAACAUCACAAGGAGAGAAAAAAAAAAGCAAACUGUGGCUUUUUUUUCCGUGUCACUUUAAAUGGUACAGUUAUUUAAACGACAUGCUCAAGUAGAAAUAUAUGCAGACAAACAAAAAUCCGAUAAGCCUAAUGUCUCCCCACACCGACACCUUUCACCUCAUACGGUGUGUUGUUGUUUUUUUCCGCUCUUUUCUCCAUCAUAAUCUCCUCAGACAAUCCCACUCCACUUGCUUCUUUGCACCGUCCUUAUUAGCAGCGGUGGCCGUCACACUUCAGCUCGCUCCCCCCCUCCCCUCCCUCCAUCCCCAAUUGAGCCGCUGCUCGCCAACCUACCUCCCUCACAUAGUGAGCUCACUAUCCACACAAACACACUCUCGGAAAUACUACAUCAAUGCCUACAAUUUUACCUCAUAGCUCGUAAAAUGUAGUGUCUUAUUUAUUGCUGGUUUUACACACAACCAACUCUCUGCUUGUCCUUUUCUAAUGGGUCUUAGGAUGAAGCUAUAAUACAGUAUAUUGUAUUAGUUACAAUUAAUGCAGCUUUUCUUUUAUGUUAUGAUGGGCUAUAAUCACAGGCUCAAGACUUUCCAUUUGGAAUUUAUAAUCAGUGGCGGCUGGUGACAUUAUUUUUAACGUAGACCAACCCGUGCAGCAAGAUAUAAUGAGGACUGGAAGUAUUCCAAAUCAUAUCUAUUUUUUCAAUUAUUUGAUUCAGAGCUGGGUAUAGAAGUGAUUAUUUAUUAAGAUGCUUCUAUGGUUCUUGUUUUGCUGUUGAUGAAGUGGGAAAUGGAAUUACUCCAAAGAUUCUUGGCAGGAAGGAAGCGUGGCAGUUGAUAGAAAUAUGGAGAACAUCUUCUUCUUCUUUCGUGUAACGUCAAAUGUCCAACUCGGUGUCGCGUAGCCAUGCCCGCAUCUCUAGUCCUAGGUUGAAGAGGCUGGCUUCCGAGGGUGGAGCAUAUAAGGGGCAGAUGUUGAUUAUAUGGUCGGCGGUCUGCUCAGGACAUCUUGACCAAGGCUCGGGACAAUGUUUAUUUUAAAAAGCCUUUCUUCCCAAAUGACAUUGAUUUUAUGUGCAAUAGCCUCAUACUAGUUACAUAAAGUGAAACUGCCUAGUAUGAAAAAAAACAAAACAAUUGGGCCAACGCUAAGCUUUGUUGAACUUGCCCUAUUUGUUAUUCAAGCUCUUUGUAAGGAAAGUUGAGUCAUGUGUGAAACAUUCACCAAAUACUUGUGCCUCCUAAAUUGUAUGCAGAGCCUUAAAAAAUGGCAUCAAAAAUCCAAGAGGUGCUAAUUGAUCUGCUAAACUUCCCCAUCCAUUUCUCGGGUCACUUUAAUUUUUUUCCAGUGCCUCAAGAAUGUUAGUUGGCUCACACAUUCUUUCUUAACCAGCCGUCCCUGAUUAUAUUUCUUCGAAAAGAACACCAUAAUAUCUAUCGCUUUGCCACAGGGCUCAGGUCAUCCCCUCAAAUAAUAAACUGACACGUUGAAAGUAUUUUUCAGGUAAAGAGCCACAUAUUGUCCUCAGGAGUUGCAAACCAGAACCAAAGGAGAGUGAAUGUUGUCGCCGGGUAAAACAUUUAAAAUCCCUCCGAAAUGGCCUGUCAAGACAAAAUGGCAUCGUUAUGCAAAAUACAGUCAGGAUUAGGCUAAGGCAUGUUUUGAGGACCUCAUUGUUGCCACCAAUUUGAUUGUGUUGAGUGAACACGCUGUUCUGUGCAAUAAAAGCAAUGUUAAGAAAAAGAACCGUUAGAAUGCCUGUCUCAGCAUUCUCACCGUUUUUCCAUUUACAAUGGCAAUAGUCUUAACAAUUUUUCAUUUAAGUUGAGGGGGAAAAAAAACGAUGAAUAUCACUCCUCUUUUGUUGCUUACGUAAAACCUACAAAACUGGCAGAGGCUGCAUAGGAAUGUGAAAUGUAGUAUUAUAAUACUCAAAGACACUAUAUAGAGUUUAUAUUUCCAACAUAUACCUCCUUUCUAAGCUUCAUCUGGCGCACGCCUCCCAUUUCUCUUUUCAGUCAUGUGACCUUAUUUCUACUUGCAUCGCUAACGAUCACCACAACUCGUGUUCUCUCAAUGGGCCACUAGCGUAUCUACUGGAACCACACAAUGACACGACCCAAGCGCCACCUCUCAACUCCCGCUGAUGUGUUAAGUGGAGUUGUUGGGUUGAUGUCACUUACCUCGUCACGCAAACUGGUUUCAAAUAGCUGCUGAAAUGGACCGAUUCUACCUCGCAUCUCAUCUCGGUGCAGCUCUCAUCUGCAAAACACUCGAAAAAUAUGAAACACAUGCAUGUGUAGUACUUUAUCAACAAUUGAAAGUGGCCCAAGUCAAUAUAUGGGAGCAACAGUGACUUUAGUCAGGAACCUGCUAUAAGAUGGAGGAACCGGUUCACACGUGAUCUCAACAUGAAUCUGUAAGUUGGCACUUCUCUGUAUGCAAAUUCAUUGCAAGCUCUUAAAGGUGACAUGCUUUUUUUUUGGGGUCCAUUUUUUGGCCAAAGCCAUUUAUUGCAAUCAGCCAUGGAUAUCUCGGGCAAAAUUUGAAUUGGGCCUCUGACUAAAUGUGGGGUAAUGGGACUCCAGGAGGAGCCAUUUUGGACUGAUCGGAUCAUGUCAGCAAACUACAGUGAUUGAGGUUAAAUAAACAAACAGCAAGUCUGCAGUUUUUGCAUCUGGAUUCAUCCAAACCAAGAGGAAGGAAACGGCAGUUUGUGUCAUGUGACCUAUGGCAAUAGCAAAGUUGGUGUGGUUACAAAAGAGGACGCUAAGCCAUUUACGUUUAAAAAAAAAAAAAAAAAAAAAAAGGCUUAAUGAGCAUACUCUCCUGAAAUGUACACGUGGAAUUCAAUACUGCUGAAAUAACCUAACACAUUUGUUUUCUGCUGCGCUACAAUUCCUAACACAUCUUUCCUACUAUUGUUUGCAAUCUUGAUUAGGGUUGCAAAAAGUAAAACACUAUAUACAACAAUAAAUGCAGUAUAUAUUUGGAUCAAUUGCUUUAAAUUUAUAACAAAAUAAAUGACAGAUCAAUCACUUAUUUUUUUUUUUUAAAUAGAAUCGUAACCCUAAUCUUGAGCAGUUUCUAGAAAGUUCAUCUCUACAUAUUCUAAGUAAAAAAUAUAUAUAAAAAAAUCAAGGGGCUGUUUUAACAAAGACAGAUUCUUAAUCAAGUGCUAGCCGUGUUUCCAUGGCGACAAGCAAAAGCAUCUUGUCAUACCAUUCCACCAAACAUUGCUCGUAUGAUCAAACCAGAAAAAUCCCCCCACGUUUGAACUUUAUGGAAGAGGCCCCUCACAGAGGCAUGGCCUUUAAGUGCUUUGUUGCAACAUUGCGUGCUAUUCAAAUACACGGAUUCAACAUGGACGCUCACACACACACGCAAAAGGACCAUCAAGCACUGCAAUUUCCCACUUGGCGUCUCCAAGGCCUGCUGUGAUCUCACCUUUACUGUGAAGGAAAGUCACGCAGCAAGUGGCAACUGAUGUUCGUUUUACAGUCGUUAGUCUAAAAAAAAAAAAAAAAAAAAAGCCAUUUAUGCAAUAUUUUUUGACGCUAUUCAUACCUGUCCCAAGUAGUCAUGUAGCGCAGUGAUGUCAACGCAAAGUCAUAUUCUCAACUUUUGUUUGAACUCAGGAUCACGUACGUCCCUGAGCACUCACGUUUUCCAGUUUAAGGACAACAAUGAGUUUGGAGCUAGCAACCAUAGGCCCUCCUAUGAUAAAGUAUCACCAGCACCACAGAACGCACUGCCUUCAGCCAUGAUCACACGCACCAGCAUAGCAGAGAGACAGACCAACAGUCAGUGGUCAUUUUUUUUUUUUACCAACAAUUACGUAACCGUUCACCUUGCCAGCUACUGCAAGGCCAUGUUCAAACGACUAAAAUACACCUCAAUCAUUUUCUGUAUCUUAUUUGCAUGCAGAACUUUGGGAAAUCACAUAGAUCUUAUUCAGAGGGUACACAAGAUAGUAUCCAUUGACACAUUUUCUUCGCCCAAUUAACUUGCAGAUACUGACAAUGGAGCUAGCAAAAAACAACAACAGCAAAUAUGCGUGCAAUUCCUGCACGCUAAAUACUCGUCGUUGCUUUGUUAUCCGAAAGAUAAUAUUCUUCUGGGCUCGUAGUUCAAGUUGAGAAUUUGAGAAGUGUUACCGCCAGCUUUGUGACGCAAUCAUGCAUGAGCAAAAUAGAUGUGUUUGUAUGUAGACGUAAAGAAUGUUCUUUUUGUCUACAAAAGAUUAGCUGUAGUAUCGCCAAAACGACUAUUGUGGUUCGUUUGGAGGUGAAAAAUAUGAAGUAAGCAUACAUAGCAUACCGUAAUUUUCGGACUAUAAGUCGCACCGGAGUAUAAGUCGCAGCAGCCAUAAAAUGCCCAAGAAAGUGAAAAAAACAUAUAUAUGUAUAUAAGUCGCUCCUGAGUAUAAGUCGCCCCCCCCCAAACUAUGAAAAAAAACGCGACUUAUAGUCCGAAAAUUACGGUGUAUAUAUAUAGUGGGAAAAUUGCUUUAGUAACAGUAGAAUCGGCCCGUCACGUGUUUGAGCAUGGCUUUCGUAGUACACAAGUGAGCAAGUGUUCUGUUUGAUAUUUUUUGCCAUCUUUCCAUUGAAACGGCAGAAGGAAACCUAUUUUGCCGACCACUGAACUUUUCCCGCGUCUGUCACUUUGUAUACUCGUUAUGUUAUACCUCAUGUCUACGAUAGAUGAAACUGUGAAUUGAUCGGCAGGCUAUAGAAAUACAUUUUGAAGCCUCACACGCCGGCUUUGAAAACGCUUUUACUUGCGCAGGGAAAGCAUCUUAGUCAACGUUCUCGUUGUCCUGACCUUUUUUUUUUUUUCGUCCACUUCCAAUAACCUCAUGGACGUUUGCCCUAAAUCAUAGCAGCACUGUUUAGUGGAGAAAGCUGACAAUCCUUUCUAGGAAUAUGUCUACUUGUGGAAUGUAAAAUUGUAUAACACUUAUGUUGUUGCUCUAUUUGAUGGUGACCAUUGUUCUACGUUUUAUGCUUGGCCGGGUGAAUUUGCAAAAAUGCCAGAAGAUUGAGCGAUUAUUUGUCGAUUUAAAUAUAUGCGUGGAGUAAAGGCAACAAAACCUGAGCAAUGUAUUGUCAUUUUGUUGAUUUACAUUAGAUGAUGGAUGUUUGUGUUCAAUGUUGGUGUGGUUGGUGUGAUUUAUAGUAAAUGCAGUAUUCAGUGAACAAAUGCAACUCAUUAUUGAUCGGGAUGAUCCAUCGAUAACUUACAAAGUGUUCCUUCCCUCAGAUGGCGUUUGUAGUGUCAAAGCGUCGAUACUCGUCAAGUGUCCGACUCUAAAAAGUUUUUUUUUUUUUCCCCCCAUUCCUAAAAACAUGAAAAGAUGAUCCUUUUCAUGUCAUCGUCCUUUUUAGACAACAAAUAAAGUAAAAACGAUAUUUAGGAGAAUGUCAAAACUGUAUGACAACCUUAAAAAGACUUUAAAGAGUUUAAUUUUCAGAAGGUUCUGAGAAAAAUCCCAGAUUUAUGAAAUUAGGAUGGCAAUAUUACAAUAUACAUGUUUCCUUUCAUUGUGGCUGUUCUCCAUAAUGCAGACAAUUCCUCCAAGAGGCUCAUGUUUACAAUUUUACAACUUUUAUUUUAUACUUGUACAAUGAAGCUGUUUAUAUCCGUGUUGUCCAUUUCCAAUACAAUUCAGGUAGUGGGAAAAUGUUUUCCAUUAAAAAAAAAAACGUUUUAGAUUUGGAGUCCAUCGUUGAUUAUGACAGUCGAAUUGAACGCUUGGUUUAGCUUGUUCGCCUGAGUGUUUGCUUUUCCAAAAAAAAAAAAAACACGUUUUGGGAUUUUUUGACAUUCAUCGGACCCUCAA